GGGAAAGACGCUAAAGCUGUUAUGGCAACACUCUGCUUCUUCCGGUUCUGGCUUGGUUUUGGCAUUGGUGGUGACUACCCUCUUUCUGCUACAAUCAUGUCUGAAUAUACUAAUAAAAAGACUCGUGGAGCUUUUAUUGCUGCCGUGUUUGCUAUGCAAGGUUUUGGGAUUUUGUCCGGAGGGAUAGUUGCAAUUAUAGUUUCUGCUGCUUUCAAGGCUAGAUACCCUGCACCAACAUAUGAGAUGGAUGCUGUUGGAUCAACUGUGCCCGAAGCUGAUUAUGUUUGGAGAAUAAUUUUAAUGUUCGGUGCAAUCCCAGCUUUACUGACGUUUUACUGGCGAAUGAAGAUGCCAGAAACUGCACGUUACACUGCCUUGGUUGCCAAGAAUGCAAAACAGGCUGCAGCUGAUAUGUCAAAAGUUCUUCAGGUUGAUCUAGAAGCAGAACAGGAGAAAGUUGAACAGAAAAAAGGAGCUGAUUAUGGGUUGUUCUCUCCACAAUUUCUUCGCCGCCAUGGACUUCACUUGCUCGGCACCACCACUACAUGGUUUUUCUUGGAUAUUGCCUUCUACAGCCAGAACCUGUUUCAGAAGGACAUUUUCACUGCAAUUGGUUGGAUUCCAAAUGCAAAAACCAUGAAUGCCCUUGAAGAGCUUUACAGAAUUGCUAGAGCACAAACCCUCAUUGCACUAUGCAGCACCGUUCCCGGGUACUGGUUCACUGUGGCAUUGAUCGAUAAGCUGGGAAGGUUCACAAUUCAACUGAUGGGAUUUUUCUUCAUGACUGUCUUCAUAUUUGCCUCUGCCAUCCCUUAUCAUCACUGGACUCUACCAGACAACAGAAUUGGCUUUGUUGUUAUGUACUCCCUCACUUUUUUCUUCUCAAAUUUUGGUCCAAAUGCCACCACCUUUGUAGUCCCUGCCGAGAUUUUCCCAGCAAGGCUGAGAUCAACAUGCCAUGGAAUAUCAGCUGCAUCAGGCAAGGCUGGAGCUAUUGUUGGUGCAUUUGGCUUUUUAUAUGCUGCAGAUUACAUUGGAGUGAAGAAGACACUUAUAAUGCUUGGUGUGGUCAACAUCCUCGGAUUGUUGUUCACAUUCUUGGUGCCUGAACCCAAAGGAAAAUCACUGGAAGAACUUUCAGGUGAAGCCGAGGAUCAAAAUGGAACCGAAACAGAGUCAAGAAUUGCUUCGGUUUAAUUCGGCCUCAUUAUAGCAUAAUCUACAUUUCCUAUACAUAUUAGGACUGUAUAAACUGUUAAAUUUCGC